AUGGGAGGCACCCUGCGUUUCCUGUCGGAUGUGCUGCUAGGUAGCAGCAGCCAGAGGCGGCACAGCAAGAAGCGGAGGCAGUUCAACACGGUGGAGCUCAAGGUGAAGAUGGACUGCGACGGCUGCGAGCUCAAGAUCCGGAACACCCUCGCCAACAUGAAAGGUGCUCAGUCGGUGGAGAUCAACCGGAAGCAGCACAAGGUGACGGUGAAGGGGUUCGUGGAGCCGCAGCGUGUGCUGAGGAGAGUCCAGUCGACGGGGAAGCGGGCCGAGCUCUGGCCGUACGUGCCUUACACAAACCCCUACAUGCCGCCGGUGUACGACAAGCGGGCUCCCGCCGGCCACGUGCGCAAGGUGGAAGGUGCCAUGCCGGUCUCCGCCGGCCAGGAGGAGCGCCUCGCCACGCUCUUCAGCGACGACAACCCAAACGCCUGCUCCGUCAUGUAG